AUGACAUCUAAUGGCCAUAAUUCUGUGACAAGACUUCAUGCAUCACCAUCAUCAAGUUACACUGAACAGAAAGUAUCUGUCAAAAAAGCAUCACCAAACAUAGUAGUUGAAAAUAAAGAAACUCCAGCAAUACAACCACCUGAUAAUAAUCGUCGUCGACUUUCCGGAACUUUUAUGAAGAAUUGUUUUAACACAACACAAAACUCAAAGUUAAGAUAUGGAGAAAAACGAAAAAAGAAUAGUAUUGAUAAUACUAUGCUUGACGAAAACGAAAACAAUACAAAAACCAUGUCAAAAAUGAACUUAACUCCAUUAUUAGUUAAUCAACCUGUAUUAGAAAAUGAAGUUAAUGUAAAAUCAACAUCAAAUGGAGAAUUCAAACCUAAAGGAAUAUUAAAAAACUCAAAAAGUUAUUCGUGUAACGAUCGAAUUAAUGAGUUAUACAAUAAUCAUAAACAGUCUCAACGAAGACAAUCAUAUUUUGACAUAUGUCUUAAAAGAUAUAAUAAAGAAAACAGUAAUAAUUCUGUACCAGGGAUUCGUGAUAAUGAUAGUCCACCUUCAACAUCAAAUACUUCUACAUCUGUUAAAAGUGUUACAUUUAGUGAUAUGAUAUGCGAAAUGGAAUCUGAGCCAACUAAAUCAAUGCCUAUUAUAACAAAAUAUUCACAUAGUUCAGAAAGAAAAUCUCCAAAUUUACAUUUAAUGGACACAACAAAAGUGAAUUCUAAUCAAGCAAAUCUUAUCGAUAAAGUACAAUCUCAUACUAUAGAUUAG